CACGGCCGCAAGGGACUCCACGUCCCCUCUCUCUCUCCUCUCUCUGCGCGCUCUACUUGUCUAGGGUUUUAGGACUUCAGCAGUGGCAGAAAAACAUCGCGGGAUCAAGAAAUGGUCGGCCCGAUUGGCUCAUAAACUCCAUCGCGUUCGUUUGGUUCCACGGCGACUCAGGAUGUUUCCAAGAUGGAGCAGAGCACUUAAUCAUCUAUCAAGGGUCAGGCCAAUAAGGAAUGUGGAAGUCAGGGAUGAAUUUCGUGCGUUCUCUCAUCGAAGCUAUGCCAAGGCUGCGGCUGCAGCUGCAGCUGCAGCGGCAGUACCCAUUGCACCUGAUUAUGCCGGGAAUAAUUUGUCUGGCAGACCAGCGGUAAACCUGGAGAGAAUGCUUAGGUCCAAGCCAUGUUCACUGGCUUUGGCCCCAGAUUCCCCAUUGAGAAUUGAAGAACCAAAGUAUGAAGGCAUCCGCCGCAUGAUCCUCAGACUGAUGCUCUUUUACAGCAAACAAAGCAGAUCUAUCAGAGGUGCAAAUGUUGUGUACCGGCGAAUCCUUCAUCAAGUCAAUAAACCUGCCAUUUAUGAAGUGUUUAAUUUGGAGAAGACCUUUAAGACUACGUUCUCUUUGCUCGUACUCCAUAUGUGGCUUUGCUUACGUCGAUUGAAAGAAGAUGGAAAAGAAGGUGUUGAAUUUGGGCAAUACUUGUAUGAGAUUUACAAUCAUGAUGUGGAGUUGCGAGUAUCUAAGGCUGGGGUUAACUUAUUGUUGACCAGGUGGAUGAAGGACCUGGAGAAAAUAUUUUAUGGAAAUAUUGUUGCUUAUGAUUCUGCCAUGCUUCCAGAGGCUAAACGGGACGAGAUGACAAACGUAAUUUGGAGGAAUGUUUUCUCUGACGAUGGCUCACCAAGACCAAACGAUACUGCAGUGCUACGUGCUGUUCAGGCAAUGGCUAGGUAUGCUUGUCGAGAAUCCUAUUGCCUCUCCUUGACAGACAAAGAGGCAAUGUUCUCUGGAAACUUCAUGUUCACCUCAUUAAAGAGCACAACUGAUUGAGGGGCAAAGUGAUUUCCAAGAGAUGUAAUUGAGAAGUUUCCAAGCCAUCUAAAGAAAAAUAGAUGGUGUCACAAAUGUAAGAGAAACCAUUGCCUUAUUGGGGGGGCAGUUUGUUCUUAGUCAAAUUUCCAUUAGGAAAGACCCCUUAGACAUCGAUGGGAUGUCUUCGGUAUUUCUUUACUGUUUGUCUAUAAGCUAGCAACUUCACCACAGUCAAUAAGAUGAUAUUGACACAUCAUGUUUCUGUU